AGACAAGAGGCACUUUCUCUUCUUCCUCUUGGCUUACCAAAUAAAAAUAGCCAGCCAGAGAGUUUUUUUUGCAACCGUUUUAUCUUUUGGAAUCUGUUCAGGCACGAAGAGGAGAAUGCAGAGUUUCAUAUCUUCUGGUGGUUUGAAUGCAGAAACGGAGGCCGAGGAAGCUACUCGCUUUCAGAAUGCUCUCCUGGAACUAAAAGGAUUGCGUUCCCAGCUUCAUCAAGCGGCAGAUUACUGUGAAUCAACGUUCUUGAAGACUAAAGAAAAGAACGAGGUGGUAGAAAAUACAAAAGAGUACAUAUGCAGGGCCAUGGUAACGGUGGUUGACCAUCUUGGAAGUGUCACUUCCAAUUUAGAGAGCUGCAUUUCUCAGACUAAUGCCUUCAAUGAAGUCGAGCUUCGAUUGAGUUGCUUAAACCAAAGGCUCUUCUCCUGCGAACAGUAUGCGCGAAAGCUUGAAAUGUCCAGGCUUCGAUGGAGCGAGAUCCUGCCAAGGUAUCAUCCCCAAUAUGUCUCAACUGUCAGCAAAAAUGGUGAAAAAUCAAGUCAAAGUUCAAGUGUCAACCAGUACAGGGACUCGAUCGAUCUUCCAUUCACAAAGACUGUUGGUAACUGUAGGCCGGAGAUUUGUACAGAGAAGCCAAUGCCAGUUCUGUUGUACAAAUUCUAUACUUAUAAUUUGUCUCCAGCUAAAAACUUGAGUCCUGGAUUCACUUCAAACAAAAAUGACAAGGAGAAAACUUUAGGUGGGCUUCAAAGAGCUGGUGAUGGGUUAUCUGUGCGAUCAAAAGGUCCAAAUUCCACAUUUCAUUUCCAGGUUUCUCUUUCUCAUCAAAAGCGAGGGCGCCAUAGAAAAUCAAAACUUGGGAGUGAUAUAUUUUCCCUCCUCAAGCGAACUAAACAAAUAGCUUGACAAAAUAAAAAGAAUCAAUAAAAUCAGCUCUUGAUAAUGCAUUGUAUUGGCAUAUUCUUAGCCAUUAUCUUAGAUAUCUUAAAAUAUUAGCUUGAGAUUUCUUUAAUGGUUAAAAGUGGUGCAAAACAUAGUACUAGUCUCGCCUGAGCAUGAUUAAUUAUAGAGCUUUGAUAAAUUAAAAUACUAUUUUGAUAA